GGGAAUUACCAGGUACUGAAUCCUUUAAUCCGUCUGAUAAAGAUCGUUUGUUUUUUGUUUAUUCAUUCACUGAUUUGAUGCAGAGAUGGCGUUGUUCGGGGCGAGGGAGUGGUUUUUCUUCACCUCCCGCGAUCGGAAGUACCCCAACGGCUCGCGGCCGAACAGGGCCACCGGCAAGGGAUACUGGAAGGCCACCGGCGCCGAUAAACCGAUCUCCCCGAAGGGGUGCCACCGGACGCUGGGGAUUAAGAAAGCUCUCGUCUUUUACUCAGGCAAGGCGCCUCGAGGCGUCAAGACCGACUGGAUCAUGCACGAGUACAGAUUGGCAGACGCGGAUCGCAGCCCUAACAACGGAAGCCUCAAGUUGGAUGCGUGGGUUCUUUGCCGGCUGUACAACAAGAAGAAUGCCUGGGAGAAGAUGCCGCAGUCAGAGAAUAUUUCAGCCACGGACUCUAUGGACCGGACGCCGGAAUCCGAGGUGGAGAAGGACGCUAUGCUGUCGGACUUUGAAGGCCGGGGAUUUCCAUCAAUUGCUUCGCAAGCUUUCGCGCUUCCAGUGGUCGAGAAGAGUGAUGCGAUUGCGAAGGAAGAAGACAACGGAUGGUUCAAGGACUUGGAACUGGAAGAUUUGCAGAGUUCUUGCAUGAGUUUCGGAGCAUCACCUGUUGCGUACCCAACGAUCCAAGACUACUGCUUCCAAUUCUUUGCGAGUCCAGUUCCGAUUAAAACCAAACCGUCUCAUGAUGCAAACGUUCUGAAUUGUUUAGGAUAGU